CCUACUACCCAGAUUUACCGGGUUUAUUUCCACACGUCUCUCUCUGCGCUCCCUCCAGGCCUUCAUUUGCGUAUUCAAAUUCACACUCUCUCUCGCACCGACCUCUCUAGCAGGAAUCAGAGACCUUUCUCUCAAAAACACUAUUCGAUCAAAAUUGUGAGAGAGAGAGAGAGGAGAUGAAUUCGAAAAAGAAGGCGGCGAUGACAUCGAAGACGAUGAUGGUGCUAAGCUGCUCGAUCUGUCAAGCCAACUACGACGACGAACAGAGACCCCCACUCACCCUUCAAUGCGGUCACUCUUUCUGCAAAGAAUGUCUCGCUCGCAUCUUCUCAGCUUCACCCUCCACCUCCCUCUCUUGCCCCGAGUGCCGCCGCGUCUCCGCCGUCGGCAACUCCGUCUCCGCCCUCCCCAAAAACUUCUCUGUUCUCGCCCUCCUCCAAUCCAACUCCUCUACUCAAUUCAGCGACACCGACGAUGAAAUCGAUGACGAUGAUGAUGAUGACGGUGGUAAAAUUGCUUCCCUCCGCAGCCUCCACGGCGGUUGUGGCGGCCGCGGUCGUGGUGGAUAUCGAAUUGAUGUUGCGAGGCAUCGGGAUUUGAGACUUAUUCAUAAAUUCAGCGAGGGGAGGAGGGUGGGAGUGGAGGUGUGGAAGGGUUUGUUGAGUGGCGGUGGGGGCUGCGGCUGCGGGCACCAGGUGGCGGUGAAGAGAGUGAAAAUUGGGGAUGGGACCGAUGUGGAUUGGGUACUGGGAGAGCUCGACAAGUUGCGGCAAGCGUCCAUGUGGUGUAGAAAUGUGUGCAAUUUUCAUGGUGUGAUGGUAAUGGAUGGUCAUGUGUGUCUUGUUAUGGAUAAGUGUUAUGGUUCUGUUCAGUUAGAGAUGCAGAGAAAUGAAGGGCGACUCACUCUGGAGCAAAUUCUCAGAUUUGGAGCUGACAUUGCGCGUGGGGUCGCUGAACUACAUGCAGCAGGAGUUGUAUGCAUGAAUUUAAAACCGUCCAAUUUUCUUUUAGAUCCAAGUGGCUGUGCUGUGGUUUCUGAUUAUGGUCUUCCAAUGAUUUUGAAAAAACCUUCUUGCCGGAAAGCUCGAGAACUUGAUUCGUCAAAAGGGCAUUGGUGUAUGGAUUGCAUGUUGUUGAGUCCUCAUUAUACAGCUCCAGAGGCAUGGGAGCCAUUAAAGAAGUCAUUACACUUGUUCAGGGAUGAUGCUGUUGCUUUAUCUGCAGAGUCAGACACCUGGAGUUUUGGUUGUGCGCUGGUUGAAAUGUGCACUGGUUCAACUCCGUGGGCUGGUUUAAGUGCGGAGGAAAUUUAUCGUGCUGUUGUUAAGGAUCGAAGGCUGCCGCCACAGUAUGCACAUGUAGUAGGAGUUGGUAUUCCUACAGAAUUGUGGAAGAUGAUUGGUGACUGCCUACAGUUCAAGGCAACAAAGAGACCAACUUUUCAUGCAAUGCUUGCUGUAUUCUUACGCCAUCUGCAAGAGAUACCUCAUAGCCCUCCAGAAAGUCCAAAGAAUGAACUUGCCAAAUGUCCUCAAAUGGAUGCGUUGGAACGGUCCCCGACAUCUGUUUUGAAUGGUUUCCAUGUUAGCCCCAACUAUCUGCAUCAGCUUGUUUCUGAAGGGGAUCUAUAUGGUGUUAGAGAUCUUCUCGCUAAGACUGCUUCAGGAAACAAUAGCAGCUCAGUUAUUUCUCUGUUGGAAGCACAUAAUGCUGAUGGUCAAACAGCUCUGCACUUGGCUUGUAGACGGGGUUUCCCUGAGCUAGUUGAUGCCAUUUUGGAAUACAGUGCUGCAGAUGUAGAUAUCCCAGAUAGUGAUGGAAAUCCACCAAUUGUAUUUGCUUUAGCAGCUGGAUCAGCAGAAUGUGUUUGUGCACUCAUCAAAAAGUCUUCUAAUGUCAUAUCUAGGUUGAGGGAAGGCUUUAGUUCAUCUGUUGCUCAUGUCUGUGCAUACUAUGGGCAACCAGAUUGCAUGCGUGAGAUACUAUUAGCGGGAGCUGAUCCCAAUGUGUUGGAUGAUCAUGGUGACUCUAUAUUACAUGUAGCCCUUGCCAAGAAAUUCACAGAGUGUGCUAUUGCAAUAUUGGAAAACGGGAGCUGUAGAUUAAUGGGUGCCUUUAACUCAAAAAACUUGACGCCUCUGCACUUGUGUAUAGAAACAUUGAACAUCACUGUUGUCAAAAGGUGGGUGCAAGUUGCAACCACUGAAGAGAUCGUUGAAGCAAUUGAUGUACCAAGUCCAGCUGGAACUGCAUUAUGUAUGGCAGCUGCCCUGAAGAAGGAUCACGAAUCUGAGGGUAGGGAGCUGGUAAAGAUAUUGCUUGAAGCUGGUGCAAAUCCAGAGGCCCAAGAUACUCCACAUUUUCGAACAGCUUUGCACACAGCUGCCGUGGCUAAUGAUGUUGAGUUGGUUAAGGUUAUUCUUGAUGCUGGAGUGGAUGUUAAUAUCAGGAAUAUGAGCAAUACAAUUCCCCUUCAUUUAGCAUUGGCCAAAGGUGCAAAACCAUGUGUUGAAUUGCUUUUAUCUGCUGGAGCAAAUUGUAAUUUGCAGGAUGAUGAUGGUGACAAUGCUUUUCAUAUAGCUGCUGAUGCUGCAAAAUUGAUACGGGAAAAUCUAGAAUGCAUUGUUUUGUUGAUGCAAUAUCCAGAUGCUGACAUUGAAGCAAGAAAUCAUAGUGGUAAGACAUUGUGUGACCUUUUGGAAGCCCUGCCACGUGAGUGGAUUUCAGAAAGCCUAAUGGAAGCACUCAUGGAUAAAGGAAUUCAUCUUUCUCCAACAAUAUUCGAAAUAGGGGAUUGGGUGAAAUUUAGAAGAACGGUUGCCUGUCCUACAUAUGGGUGGCAAGGGGUAAAGCAUGGGAGCGUUGGCUUUGUACAGAGAGUCCUAGACAGUGACAAUCUUGUUGUAUCAUUUUUGUCUGGAGUAGCUCAUGUGUUGCCAAAUGAGGUUAUUAAAGUGAUCCCUUUGGACAGAGGACAGCUUGUGCGACUUAAACCUGAUAUUAAACAGCCAAGGUAUGCUUUGAGAGGUUUGUCACUUGACAGCAUCGGAACUGUUCUUUGUGUUGAUGAUGAUGGGAUUGUACGUAUUGGGUUUAGUGGUGCAUCAAGGGGAUGGCAAGCCGUCUCCGAAAUUGAACGAGUUGAAGAAUUUAAGGUUGGUGACUGGGUUCGUGUUCGCCCUGCUUUAACAGCCACGAAGCAUGGACUCGAAGCCGUCACUCCUGGGAGCAUUGGGAUAGUGAGCUGUAUCAAGCCUGACUAUAGCUUGUUGUUGGAAUUUAGCUAUUUGUCAAGCCUGUGGCUUUGUGAACCAGAGGAGGUUGAAUCUGUUGUCCCCUUCAGGAUUGGGGACAAGGUUUCUGUGAAGCGAUCUGUUGCAGAGCCCAGAUUUGCUUGGGGUGGUGAGACACAUCACAGUGUUGGAAGAAUAAUCGAUUUUGAGAGUAAUGGUCUUUUGAUAAUUGAAAUACCAAAUCGGGCUAUACCAUGGAAGGCGGAUCCCUCAGACAUGGAAAAGUUGGAGGAUUUCAAGGUUGGUGACUGGGUCCAUAUAAAAACUUCAGUGCCCUCCCCAAAAUAUGGAUGGGAGGAUGUCACCCGGCUUAGUAUUGGUAUAAUCCACAGCUUGGAUGAUAAUGGUGACAUGGGUGUUGCAUUCUGCUUCAGGACCAAGUCGUUUUCUUGCUCUGUGACAGACGUGGAGAAGGUGCUGCCUUUUGAAGUGGGACAAGAGAUUCGUGUGAUGCCAUCAGUGUCACAACCACAGCUUGGAUGGUCAAAUGAAAGUCCAGCUACCUUUGGGAAAAUUGCAAGAAUUGACAUGGAUGGUACUCUUAAUGUGAGAGUGGCUGGCAGAGUUUGCUUGUGGAAAGUUGCUCCUGGUGAUGCAGAACGACUCCCAGGAUUUGUGGUUGGUGACUGGGUUCGGGUGAAGCAGUUUCUGGGAAAUAGGCCAAAUCAUGAAGGGAACACAUCUGGAAAAGACAAUUUAGCACUAGUGCAUAGUGUACAUGAUAUUUUCAAUUUAGAGUUGGUAUGUUGCUUUCGGCAAGGAAGAUGGGAUGUUCACUACACAGAAGUUGAAAAAGUUGAUUCCUUGAAAAUAGGGCAGUAUGUUCGGUUCCGUGCAGGACUUGCUGAGCCAAGAUGGUGCUGGAGAGGCACCUGCCCUAGCUCCAGAGGUGUUAUAGUCGGUAUAAAUUCUAAUGGAGAAGUUAAGGUCUCGUUUUUCGGUUUAUCAGGUUUGUGGAGAGGAGAUCCCUCUGAUCUUGAGGUGGAGCAAAUGUUUGAGGUUGGAGAAUGGGUGAAACUGAAAGAUCAUGCUAGCAGGUGGAAAUCCCUUGGACCUGGCAGUAUCGGGGUUGUCCAAGGACUAGGAUGCCAAGGAGAUGAAUGGGAUGGCACUUUCCUUGUUGGGUUUUGUGGGGAACAAGAAUUGUGGGUAGGGCCCACCUCUGAGGUUGAAAGAGUGAAUCGGCUUCUAAUAGGUCAAAAGGUGCACGUGAAACUCUCUGUGGAGCAACCAAGAUUCGGGUGGUCAGGACAUACCCAUGCAAGCAUCGGUACUAUAUCAGCAAUAGAUGCAGAUGGAAAGGUUAGGAUAUACACGCCGGCUGGUUCAAAGACUUGGAUGCUCGAUCCAUCUGAAGUUGACCUGAUUGAGGAAGAGAAUCUGAAAAUCGGAGACUGGGUGAGAGUUAAGUCAUGUGUAACAACACCAGUUCAUCACUGGGGAGGGGUUACUUGUGAGAGUAUUGGGGUGGUUCACCGGAUGGAGGAAGGAGAGCUUUGGGUUGCAUUUUGUUUUUUGGAUAGACUUUGGGUAUGCAAAAAAUCAGAGAUGGAAAGAGUGGUGCGAGCUUUUGAGAUGGGCGAUAAGGUGAAAUUCAAAGAAAAACUGAUAAACCCGAGGUGGGGAUGGGGGAUGGAAACACCAGCCAGCAAAGGCCAGGUGGUCGGAGUGGAUGCUAAUGGAAAGCUAAGAAUUAAGUUUAAAUGGAGGGAAGGACGACCCUGGGUUGGAGACCCUGCUGAUAUUGUUCUUGAUCAGAGCUCUAAUGUCACUUCCUGAGAGACUAAUUUAUGCGCUUUGCAGUGUUCAUACUGAUCUGUGCCUAUACAGCUGACGUUGAUCUCAUGAGAGGAGCUACAAGUUUUGGAUCUCUCGUACGAAUAUCAAUGAAAAGUUCACCCCAAUUUUGUUCCUGUCAUGAUGUGAAUAAGCGGUCAAUGUAGCAGCCUGAGACGACUUUGGUGGUUGUAAGUAUGCCGACUUUUGGAGCCUUAAUGCAUGAUGAAUAGGCCUCUAGAUUUAAAUUAUUAUUAUUAUUAUUAUUUUUUAAAAUUCACAUACAGAUAGGAAGUUGUUCUCAUUACAGAGAUGCUUGUAUAGAUAUGAUCGUAGAGUUUCAUGGUUAAUACAUAAAUGUUUUUUUGUCCUC